AGUCUUCUUUUUUAAUUUAUGGUGUUACAUAUACAGCGGCAGCUUCAGAGCUGCGCUGCGUAGGUUGUCGCAUUCCCACUUGCGAAUCUUAAAAACGAAAUUCUGAAAUCCCGCCCAAACCCACAUCCUUUUAAACCCUCAAUUAUUUUAUUUUAUUUUAUUUUAUUUUUUAAAAAUUCAAUUUCAAAAGUUGUUUAAACUCUCUCGCUCAUUUACUUCCAAACUAUAAAAACCAAAUCACCGCUAAAAGCCUCCACAAAAAAUUAAAUUUAUUUAUUUAUUUUUAUUUUUGAAUAGCUACCUGGUUAACGUUGCGAAUCACUAUCAAAAUUCAAAUUCAAACGGAAACCCAAAGAGAUCUAUCUGUAUUGCAUCCAAUGGCCAACUCUGAUUCCUCUGUUCCUCCUCCUCCGCAAGUCCCUGUUCCACCCUCAUCCAGGAAGGAGAACCUGACCCCAGUUGGAUCAAAGAUCGCGGAAUUGAACGAAUCGAGGUCAGAGCUGCUUGGUAGAAUUCAGGGGCUGAAACAGGAUUUGCAAAGUUGGAGAUCAAAGUUGGAUACCCAAGUUAAGAUUUAUCGCGAUGAGCUUUCGGACCUCAAGAAAUCACUCAACGUUGAAGUGGAGCAGCUUAGAUCAGAAUUCCAAGAAUUGAGGACCACUCUUCAGCAGCAACAGGAUGAUGUCACUGCUAGCCUUAGAAACUUGGGGCUGCAGGAUGGCGUCUCAGGGAAUGCUGAAAAGAGCCAAGAUGCUAAAGAUGAAGGAAAUGGUGAAAAAGAAGGAAGUGAAUUGCCCAAGGAGAAUGGCAAAGAAGCUAAUAACAUGACGAGCACUACUCUAGAACAUGCAUAAUGUGGUCUAUAUGCCCAUGGGAAUUGAGAUUCUUCGCAUAAGUUGUCUAUGCCCCCUCGAGUAAAUGAGCAACAGACCAUGAUCUUCUUGUCAAGCUUAGUGUUGAACUCUUGUCACCGAGUACUUCUUUUUUAAUUAAAGCAUCUUUUGAUGCAGUUUUCAUUGUGUAAAUGCCAGUACGGAUGCAUGGUGUUGGGUAAAUCUGUGGCGGAGUCAGUACAUUUUGGUCUUGUUUAAUCUCUUUGUAUGCUGGAAUGAAUAUCUUCAUCUAAAUCUUACCUCAUUAGCUGCUGAGACUUGAA